AUGUUGUUCUUGCACAACUCAACAGUCAGACAACUUCACGGCUCGCGGUUACGGAUCGUCUGCACUGUUCCAAAGUCUCUCAGUAUUACAAAUACCGUCUCAUCAGUCGCAAACAUGGCGUCUGAACUCUCCUCCAAGACAAUCGCCUUCAUCGGCGGUGGCAACAUGGGCGCCGCCAUCAUCUCCGGCCUCGCAGCUAAGGGCAUUGACAAGAAGAACAUCAUCGUAGCAGAGCCAUGGGAUGUCAACCGCAAGAAGAUGGACGACCUUGGCGUUCGCACUACCACCAACAAUGUCGAAGCAUCUUCUGGCGCCGACAUCAUCAUCCUCGCCAUCAAACCACAAGUUGCAAAGACUGUGUGCCAAGAGCUCGCAGCAUCAGCAUUUUUUGGAAAGUCAUUGCCGCUCGUCAUCUCUAUCGCCGCUGGAGUCACUGCAGCAAGUCUGAAAGAUUGGUGCAAGACGAAGGAAGGCAAGAGCCCAGCUAUCGUACGAGUCAUGCCCAACACUCCAGCAUUGCUUGGUGAGGGUGCAAGUGGUCUCUAUGCCAGUGAUGAAGUCAGCAAGGAGCAGAAGGAUCAGGCCUCUGCUCUGCUAGGCAGUGUGAGCCAGGCAUCGGAGUGGGUCGACAAAGAGGAACUGCUUGAUGUCGUAACUGGACUUUCCGGCUCUGGCCCAGCCUACUUCUUCGCUAUGGUCGAGCACCUUGUCGCAAGUGCUACCAAGCUUGGUCUUUCCGAGGAAGUUGCAACCCGUCUGGCAACACAAACCUGCCUCGGAGCUGGAAAGAUGCUCGUGCAGUCAUCUGAGCCCCCUUCACAGCUGAGGAAGAACGUGACCAGUCCCAAUGGCACCACACAAGCAGCACUGGAGAGCUUUGAGGCAUCAGGAUUUGCUGCGAUCGUGGACAAAGCCGUGAAAGCUGCCACAGAUCGAGGCGAGGAGCUUGGCAGGACUUUGGGUGCUCAGUAA